UUUUCUUUGCACUACUAGUAACCAUGGAUGGGAAGAGAUUGGAAUACAAAGGAAAGGAAGCACUAAAGGAGCUGGAGAAGUCAACUGUGAAGGUCGGAGAAGUGCAGGAAGGUAUCUUAAAGGAUAUCUUGAAGAGAAACGCAGCAACGGAAUACUUAAACCAGUUCAUGAAGGGAUCUACCGAUAUCUCCACCUUUAAGCUUCUUGUUCCUGUCAUCACUUACUCCUCCAUCUGUCCAUUUAUCCAGAGAAUCGCCAACGGCGAGGAUUCUUCUCUUUUAUCUUCUCAUCCCAUUACUGAGAUGUUAUGCAGUUCAGGGACUUCCGCCGGAGAACCAAAGCUGACGCCGUCGAUCGCAGAGGAUCUGGACCGUCGAACCUUCCUAUAUAACCUCAUUAUGCCCAUCAUGAACCAGUAUGUCCCGGGACUAGACGAGGGAAAGGCUAUGUACCUCUAUUUCACCAAGCCAGAACGGUCGACUCCCUCUGGAUUACCGGUUCGACCGGUUCUUACAAGCUACUACAAGAGCAAACACUUUAAGUGCCGGUCACGCGACCCGUUCAAUGACUUCACCAGCCCGGACCAAACCAUCCUUUGCACUGAUAGUCGCCAGAGCAUGUACUGCCAGCUUCUAGCCGGUUUACUUAACCGACAUCAUGUUCUCCGGCUCGGUGCGGUCUUCGCCUCUGCCUUACUCCGAGCCAUCAACUUCCUCGAACGUAAUUGGGUUAACCUUUGCAAUGACAUCCGGUCGGGCCAUCUUGACCCAUCCAUCACCGACCCCGGAUGUCGGUCAGCCAUGUUGGAUUUACUAAAAUCCCCAAACCCGGUUCUCGCCGACGAGAUCGAAGCCAUCUGUAGUAAUAAGUCUUGGAAGGGGAUACUGGGUCAGUUGUGGCCUAGGGCCAAGUACAUUGAGGCUGUAGUAACUGGGACCAUGGCCCAAUACAUCCCUACCCUCGAAUUCUACAGUGCAGGGAAGCUACCUAUGGUGUGCACCAUGUACGCAUCCUCCGAGUGCUACUUAGGAGUCAACUUGAAACCCUUAUGUGACCCUGCUGACGUGGCAUACACCAUUUUGCCCAACUUGGGCUAUUUCGAGUUCAUACCUCUUGGCAACAACAACAACGGCUCUUUUUUAGCAGACGACGAAAACGAAGAGGUAGCAAGAGGUAAACUGAUCGACCUGGCGCAUGUUAGCCUUGGCUGCUACUACGAGAUCGUUGUUACUACUUUUGCUGGCCUGUAUAGGUAUCGAAUCGGAGAUGUACUUCAGGUGACCGGAUUCCACAACAAGGCACCACAGUUCCGGUUCGUUUGCCGGAGAAACGUGGUUCUGAGCAUCGACACAGAUAAAACAAGUGAAGAAGACCUUCACAAGAGUGUAACAAUGGCGAAGAAACUCUUAGAACCAUACGAAGCUUUACUGGUGGAGUACACAAGUUGUACAGAUACAUCAACUAUACCAGGCCAUUACGUAUUAUUUUGGGAGAUCGUAAGUCACGGGCAAUCGUCGGCAAUGAACGAGUUGACUCAGUUCGAAACCCACGUACUUGAAGAUUGUUGCAUGGCAGUAGAGGAAUCGUUGGAUUACGUAUAUAGGAGAUGUCGUACGUUGGAUAGAUCAGUGGGUCCCUUGGAGAUAAGAGUGGUCGAACCGGGAACGUUUGAGUCAUUGAUGGACUUUUGUAUUAGCCAGGGAGGUUCCAUUAACCAAUAUAAGACACCAAGGUGUAUCAAGUGUAUCUCUGCACUCAACCUUCUGAACUCUAGGGUUUGUGGUUCCUUCUUUAGCCCUAGGAAUCCUAUAUGGAACCUGGAUCCUUUAAUCAAUAAGAGAAAUUAAGGGGAUUUG